CAAUGACAUUCCUCCUUGUCCUGCUGCGUGUUCUCUAUUCCCAGGAGGAACUUUUACCUUCAGUGAGGAGUGGGAGGACUUUCUGCUGUUUGAGUUUCAGAGCCUGUAUCAGCUCAAAGUGAUGGACUUUGAGGAACUCAGUGGGACAGCGAGGCUGAGGGGACUGGUUAUACUAUGGAUUGAAGUUUAACAGCAGAUUGUGGAGGACUUCGCGGGGCACAAGACUCACAGCAUGACAAUCAAACACGUUCUAGAUGCAGGGAAAAUUCAUGCCUAUGAUGAGCCUUAUACCCUGCUUCAAGAUCCAGAUGGCAUCUUUUAUAAAAUGGUUCAGCAGACCGUCAAGCAGGAGGCAGCAGCUCUACUAGAGGCAGCUAAACAGGUUUACAACAACAGAAGCCAUCCUAGCAUAGCAAACGGAGUAACAGCAGACGGUAACUUGGUUAUCUUUGAGACAGCUCUGUGAGCUCCGGGAGGCUCUGACUCUCUAAACUUGAAAAAGUGCCUGGGCUCGUACUGCACCCCUCCAGCCUGUGGUGACAGCACCCAGGGGCUGAUAGAAGGACCCCAUCCACUCCAGCUGCUGAGGAGACAGGAUCUGAAGAGGUUCAGGUGGGCUCAGUAGGGUCGUGAAUGGCUGAGCCAAAUACACGCACAUUAUGCUGCUGUUUUCUUCAAGCCAAAAGAGCUUGGAGAUCACUGCUGUAAAACUGUUGAAAUAAAUCACUAUUUAUUUUCAAUGCUUCAUA